CCGCCGCAGCCGACGGCAUGAGGCGCGAUCCGACCCCCGGCUUCUCCAUGCUGCUCUUUGGGGUGUCUCUCGCCUGCUACUCCCCCAGCCUCAAAUCGGUGCAGGACCAGGCGUACACCGCGGCCGUGGUGGUGGAGGGUAAGGUGCAGGCGCUGCCCUCCUCGCCUGGCAGCGGCAAUGGCACCCGCGAGCCCCCUGCCUCCACUGGGGGGGUCCUGGUGAAAGUCUUGGACCUGUGGCCCCGCAACAGCGGGGGGCUGCAGCGCGAGCAGCUGAUCAGCGUGGGCAGUGCGGGCUCCCCGGCGCCCUGCUUCAAAGUGAAGAGGAACCACCGCUACAUCUUUUUCCUGGAGCCCACUGAGCAGCCCCUGGUCUUCAGGACAUCCUUCGCUCCCCUGGACAUCAGCAGCAAGAACCUCAAGAAGGAUGUGGGCAGGAUCCUGUGCGCAGACUGCGCUGUUCCUCCCAAACUGAAGAAACUGAAAAGCCCAAAUGUUCACGUCGGGGAAAAAAUUUCACUGAAAUGUGAGGCUACUGCAGGGAAUCCCCAGCCCUCCUACAAGUGGUAUAAAGAUGGCAAAGAACUGAAGAAGAGCAAGGACAUCCGAAUAAAAUAUGGGAAUGGCAAAAAAAAUACUCCCUUUUCUUUUUGCAAUAAGGUGAAGCUGGAAGACGCUGGGGAGUAUAGCUGUGAAGCCGAGAAUGUGCUAGGGAAAGACACAGCAAAAGGCAGCCUUAUGUGAGAAGUGGUAACGACCACACUCUCCUCCUGGUCAGGACACGCCAGAAAAUGCAACGAAACAGCCAAAUCCUAUUGCGUCAACGGUGGGGUGUGCUACUACAUCGAAGGGAUCAAUCAGCUGUCUUGCAAGUGUCCGAUUGAAUUCACUGGGGACCGGUGUGAGCACUUCGCAAUGGUCAGCUUCUCCAAGCAUCUUGGAUUUGAAUUAAAGGAAGCUGAAGAGCUCUAUCAGAAGAGAGUUUUAACCAUCACUGGGAUCUGCGUUGCAUUGCUUGUGGUUGGAAUAGUAUGUGUGGUCGCUUACUGUAAAACCAAAAAACAACGAAAACAAAUGCAUAACCAUUUACGGCAAAAUAUGUGUCCCACCCAUCCGAACCGGAGCCUUGCCAAUGGCCCCAGUCACCCCCAGCUGGAUCCGGAGGAAAUUCAGAUGGCUGAUUAUAUUUCUAAAAAUGUUUCUGCCACUGACCAUGUGAUACGGAGGGAAACAGAGACGACGUUUUCAGGAAGUCAUUCCUGCUCCCCAUCUCACCAUUGCUCCACAGCUACUCCAACUUCAAGCCAGAGGCAGGAAAGCCACACAUGGAGCUUGGACCGCACGGAGAGCCUGACUUCUGAUUCGCAAUCUGGUAUGAUGCUCUCUUCAGUGGGAACCAGUAAAUGCAACAGCCCUGCCUGUGUCGAGGCCUGCACCCGGCGAGGAGCUGCGUAUUGCAUUGAGGACUCGAGAAGACCCACGAUGCAAUACAGGGAUUCUGUGGAUUCGCUGCGAGACUCGCCACACAGCGAGAGGUAUGUGUCUGCUCUGACAACACCAGCACGUCUGUCUCCUGUUGACUUCCAUUACUCACUCGCUGCACAGGUACCUACCUUCGAGAUCACCUCCCCUAAUUCUGCUCACGCGGUGUCCCUUCCACCUGCGGCACCCGUUAGCUUCCGAGUGGAAGAGCAGCAGCCUUUACUGCGACGCUAUCAGGUGCCCUUCCAGGAUAUGCAGAGAUAUGACAGUUACUACCAAAGGAAGAGCUACUUGAAUGAGAGCAUGGGGAGCCUGCCUUCGAGCCCCUUCUGCAUCACGGAGGAUGAUGAAUAUGAAACAACACAAGAGUACAUCCCAGCACUAGAACAACCAAAGAAAACAGCUAGCAGCAACAGGCGGUGGAAAAGAUCUAAACUCAACGGGCAGGUCUCACACAGAGCCCGGACGGUCAGAGACUCCUUCUCAGGAAGCAGUGCUUCAUAUAGUGAGUCUGAUGAGGAGCUCAUGGCGGAGAGCACCCCAUUCUUAAGCAUUGAAAACACUGAGGCAAUGAACACAGAUUCGCCGCCGCUGUAUCGGCCGGGAGACAGCAGGACUUACUAUUCCUUCGAGAGACAAAGUGCACAGUUGGAAAGCGGGCAAAGCAGAUCGACAGACACAAGACCCAAACAGGACUCGGCUCCUCUUUAGAAGCCACACAAACUCACGCACCCACAAACACACCUGUAUCAAAAAGGAGGAAAGAUAUUUUUAUUUUGUAUAAAAGAGGAAAAAAUAUAACAAAUCAAAUGUUUUAUUUUCAUUUUAGCAAAGUUGUCUUAUAAUAGCUAACAGCAAAGACUUUUUUAUAGGGAAUCUCUAUUUAUAUGUAACAUCUUGACUUACAGCUUCCGAGAAAAAAAAACACAAACAAAACAAAAUAAAUAAAUAAUAAAAAAAGAUGGGCCAAUUUUUGACAACUUAAAAAUAGAAAAAAAGAAAAUCAUGGUGCCUUUUUUUGCUGUAUGCUAAUGCCAGAGUCCAUGCUGAGGAUUACAUUUCAGUAGCAUUCUUAAGAUCAUAGGUUUUAAUUCAAGACAACUUACCAUGUUAAGGGCACUUUCCCAUUUGAAAAAACAGCACCCUCCACUUUGCCCCAUCUCUGGAUGUUUAUUAUCUCGUUCUUUAAAACAUUGUUAUAACACACACAAAUGACGUGUAUGUAUGUUUUCAUAAAUACCUCCUAAGGGGAAUCCAUCUUGUCCACUCAAAUAGUUGUAGUUUUGCUUAUUUCAGGAUGGGAAAAUUACAUACCAGAAUGCAGAAAUAAUGGGGGGUUUUUUUGCAACAAAGGUAGGAAGAGGGGAAAAAAGCAUACAGUAGCAACAACCCUUACAAUAUAUUUGUUGACUAUGUUACUUGUGGGGUCCCAAGUAAAACUCACUCAUUUUGGCACCGUUUUGUGAAGUUGUAGUCAAAUGAAUAAAACGUUUACAUGGAUGUGGUAAAAUAUUAUGUAUUUAUAUAUGGUUGAAUCCACUUUAUUGGUGCAGACCCUGAUGGGAAGGGAAACAGCCCACUGCAGCAGUUACAGACAAGCACUCUCGACUGGUCAAUUGUUUUAAAAGAUGGCAGUACAGUAUUGCAAGAAACAAUGUGAUGCUUAGACAGAGUUACAUAUUGGCCAUGAUAGUAUGGAAGAGUAGAGCAAAGGACAUGGAGAAGUUAGUGACAGCACGACCACCAGUAUAGCCCUGCUAGUUGCUGUGCACUAUAGAUAGUGUUGAGUGUGCUCCAUAUGCAAUUGAUCCCUGUUUAAAGUCACUACAAUGCAUCCCCAGGACCCUGACCCUGGCCAAUGAAACAGGCGGGCAAUGUAGCAGGAAAGCCAUUCAGUGGAUUCUUCUGUAUCCAUGUGCCAUAUAUUGUAAAGAAAGUUGUUAUUGUAAUGUGCCAGUGUUAACAUAAUAACUUGCUAUCAAAGAUGGACAUCAUGUUUGGGGCAGCCCUGGCCCCUGGACCCGUGGCUCAAAGAGACAGUGCUGUGUGUCCAAGCAGCAGAACAUUCACAUGUGAAAGUGCCCCUCCUUUCAGUUCACUGCAGCAACCCUGUUUACAUUGUAGCCUGACUUUUUUCUUUUUAUAUUUUCACUUCUGCAUGUCCUUUGCAUUUCAGAUACUGUAGAUUGGAUGCAUGGUGAAGCUGUGACUGAGAAGAUAAUACAACAAUUGACAGUGUAUUUCAUUUAACUUUUAGCAAUAAAGUAACUAAACCCUCUCUAUUCCUCACCCACAAUAGGGUCAGAUGGAAACUCUGCUAAUUAGUCAUAAGAUGAUUGUAAACAUUUGCUCUGGAUUGUCUGAAUGUCUG